AUGCCCCUUAGCAAUCAGAAUAAACAACCCAGAAUAAAAAACAAUCCAACUACACCUAAGGAAGCUAUCUUAAAAGCAAGAGAUCUUAUAGUAUUAGCGUCAACUCUUUCUCAAUCAUGUGAUGAGCAAUCGAAGCUAUUAGAUCUCCUAGAGAUCUUUAGAGAAUAUACCGAAAAAGGAAAGCUCACCACCGCCUCCAAUAUCAUCACCUCCCAAAUCACUCAUCUAGAAUCCGCUACACGGAAAAUCGAAACUCAAGCUAAAGCCCUAACCAAAGCUCCCUUGCCAAUCAAUACACCAACCACUAAAUCGACAUAUGCAGCAAUAACAAAAGAAGGAGAAUGGAACCUAGUAGGCAAGGGAAAAACUAUUAGAUCCUCCCCAAUAGAUAAGAAGAUCGAAAUCACACAAAGACGCUUAAUCCUGAUCAAACCAGAGAUCACGAACAUUACCUCCUUUUCACCUAUAUCAAUUCGAAACCAAAUAAACGAAGCAUUCCAGAAAACUGGAAUUAAAGGCCCGGUUAUAGCAGGAGUAACUCUAUCGCUGAAUAGAAAUAUAAUAAUUACUACAAAUGCACCUUUCACAUCACAACUUCUAUUAGAAAAAAAGGCAAUCUGGAGUAAUCUCAUCAAAUUCGAAAGAAUUCAAAAGGAUCAAGAAUGGCAUAAGGUCAUUAUUCAUAAAAUCCCUAUAAAAGAAUUUUCUGGAACAAGAGGAAUGGACCUCAUUCUUGAGGAAAUCAAAACCUUCAAUCCAGAAUUCAAGCCCAUAGGAACCCCUUUUUGGCUUACACCAUCAUCAAAAAGAGCUCAUCAACGGGAAGGAGCAAUAGUGAUUGCUUUUGCAACAAAAUCAGAAGCAGAGCUAGCCAUUCGGAAACGACUAUAUAUCGCUGGCACUAGUACAAGAGUAGAAAAGUUCUACGAAUCCAAACCAACUACACAAUGCCAAAAAUGCCAAGGAUUCGGACAUCAGGAUACACAUUGCAGAAGGGAUCCCUCUUGUGGACUAUGUGGAGGCAAACAUAUCACAUCAAACCUUGGAUUAUCAAAAAUGGAAUCGAUUACUCAAAUUCAAGAUCUAUUAUACACUCUAAUUUCAUACAAACACUACCAAGAUUCGAUUCUAACUUUCGACCUCGUACAUUACUAUACACUUCAAAAACUCUUCCAAGCCACAAUCAACCUAGCUCCCGAUUCCCCAAUAGAUCCUGAUAUACAAAUCUUUAAUUGUCAAAAUGGAGAUAAAACCUUUCAAAUUAUCAAUAUAUACAACGAGGCUGAUCAAGCUAAAGAGAAAGGUUUCACAAUUGAAAGAUGUUUAUAUGAUAUAUCUAUCACACAAGAAACUAUCCUCCUUGGCGACUUCAAUGCCCACCACCCAUGGUGGGAUCCUUUUUCAAAGAAAAGCGGAAACGCUGAUCAAUUAGCAGAAUGGUUUGAAGAUCAGAAUCUCAUUCUUCUAAACGAGCCCGGAAUCAGCACUUUCUAUCGAACUAAUCUCCUUAAUCCAAGUGUCCUUGAUCUAACACUAGCGUCAGAAGGAAUCUCUCCCCAAAUUCACAACUGGCAAACUCUUUCAGAUACAGGAUCCGACCAUGCAGGAAUACUAUUCGAACUGAAAGGAAAAGAAGACUUAAACGCCCUCAAUUCAGAAUCAAUAACUAGAUUCAAUACAAAGCUAGCCAACUGGGAAAAUUUUGAAUCAAUACUAAAAUUGGAAUCCCUGUAUUCCCCUACUUUUUCUAUUUUAGACUCAAUAACUUCUACGGAAGAGGACUCACUAAACUUCUUGAAAGAAAGAGACAAUUCCCAUUCAAUUCUAGAUCAAGCAGCAAGCGAACUUACAAGGAUUAUCCAAAAAGCAACAGAAAGGUGUAUACCCAAAGUUGUUUCAAUCAAAAGAGCUAAACCAUGGUGGUCACCCGAGUUGAAAAAUCUUCGAAAAGAGCUAGGAAAAGCAAAGCAAUCAAUCGAAUCAAAUCGAGAGAACCCUAAUCUUAAGGAAGAAUAUCGAAUUGCUAGAAACAAAUACUUUCAAGCUAUUAAAACAGCAAAAAAGGAUCAUUGGAAUGAUUUCCUAGAAAAGGAGGAUACACAGACAGUUUUCAAAGCAAUGACCUAUACCAAAGACUUCCAAGAUCAAAGGAUACCGGAUAUUUCAUCAGAAAGCUCUUUUGAAGGAAAAUGCUCUGCUUUCAGAUCGACUUUAUUCCCUCCCCCUCCUACUACUCUAAAACCACAAUGGGUAGGAUAUAAAGGGAGCAUUCGAUCACAUUUCAAAAAAUCGACUACUGGAUAUCUGCAAGAAUUCGACCCAAGCCUCAAAUUCAAUCAACAUAAAAGAGAAACCUUUUUCCGAGUUAAUAUUAACAAUUCGUCAAAAGAAGAUGCUGCUAUUCUUCAUAAUAUUGUUUUCAAACAUAGGAAUAAAGAUACCACCUAUAUUUACACUGAUGCUUCCUCUAUUGAAAAGGGAAUAAAUAUUGAAAUUAUGGAUAUAUCAAAUCCUAUUUAUAUCGUUUCAAACUCAUCAAUAACAAAUCAUCUAGCAAAGACUCUUGAACAAGAAGUAAUAGAGGAAGGAGUAGUAGUGGAAGAGAAGAGAGGAGAAGAGAAUGAAGAAGAAGCAGUUGAGGAAAUAAGAGAGGGGUUUGACCUCCUCACAAUUUCUUGA